CAGUAAACACAAUGAACUUACUUUGAGAUUUGUUAAACAGACUGCUAAAAAGUUUCUUUGUAUUUUGAUAAAAAAAAUGACAUGAACUAUCAAUAAUUUCAACAAUUUUAAGUUGUUGAUGUAGUGUAAUAUAUUUUUUAGUGCUAGUUUUCUUUUGUGGGUUGUCUAUUUUCUAUGAUGUCUGUUUCUGCUUCAACUAGGGUUUUUAAGAGGAGUUGUCCUUCGACACGCAUCAAGCAUUACACCAAAACAGCUUUACAAGCGACUGCUUCGCGACUGUGAGAAACUGCCUAAAGAAGCUCAAAAACACUACAAAAAUGCUGUGAAACAGAGCUUCUUACAACAUGUUGAGGAACCUGACCAACAAAGGGUUCAAGACAUCAUUGAAAAAUCUUUGAGGGAUGCUGAAUGGAUUUUGUCAAAGUAUUCUUCAAAGAAGGCAUAAUUUUGCUGAUUAGUUAUAUACAGUAUUUGGUCUGAAAAAUUGUAUGUUGUAGUAAUGGAGGCCACCAAAGUAAAAGCCUGGAAAGUAAUAGAAACUGUUUCAGAGGAUGUAUCUAAAGACCAGUUUCUGAAGGCUGUUGACAUUUGGUGUAACAACCCAAGAUCUGUCAAUCAAAGAGUUCAUAGCUCUAUAACUUUGUUGAAUAGAAAGCUGCAAGAUAGCUAUACAUUGGAUAAUUUUAUUUUCAAUACUCUAAAUUAUGCAAAGGAUGUCUCAAAAUUUACCUCAGAUGAGUUUCAUAUUUUGUUGGAAGAGCUGGGAUUGACUGGUGUUUGUAGUGAGAGUAGUUUUUCAAUUGAUGUAACUUUAAAGAAGCUCUUGCCAAAGAGUAGCAAACAUUUUGGAGUUUCAUUUGAAUUGGUUAUAAUAGAUCACGGUGCUGGCUGGGCGCUCUUCAUUGGUCUUCCUGUGGUUCAAGGAGUGUCCCUUGUACCAAAAUUUCCAUACAGAUUACAUUAUGAUAGUGCAAACAUUAACUUGGAAUUACUUCAUGACCAAGACAUUUCAGACCCAAGUGUGCUGUGGCUUAAAUCUCAUUUACUACCACAACUGCAAAAAUGGGCCUCUUCUCAUAGAGACCAUAAUGAUGAUUCUGAUAAUUCUGAUGUUGUUCUUCCUGUCAAAUCCCAUGGGUUGAUCUCUGCAGAAAAAUAUGUUGAACUUUAUCAAACUUUGAAGGCAAAAUAUGGACAACAGAUGGUAAAGAUUUGGCCAGAGUGCACAGAUCCUACUAAAUAUGUCUACGAAGAUGUAGCAAUAGCAUCAUAUAUUCUCCUUCUGUGGGGGGAGCAAAAACCUGUAUCAUAUGUUGAAUUGGGAUGUGGAAAUGGUCUACUUGUACAUAUACUCAACAGUGAAGGGCAUAAAGGAGUAGGCAUUGAUUUACGCAGUCGGAAAAUAUGGAAGAUCUAUCCAGAAAGUACAAAACUUGAAGUUCGAUCGAUCACACCCUCGGACAACUCUCUCUUCCCUGAUGCUGAGUGGUUGAUAGGGAAUCAUUCUGAUGAACUUACCCCAUGGCUCCCAGUUAUUGCCGCUCGUAGUUCCCAAACUUGUAAAUACUUUCUCCUGCCUUGCUGUCCUUACGACUUUGAUGGUCUCAAAUAUAGACGUAAGAAUUCUCAUGUAAGCCAGUAUGCAGACUUCCUAAUGUAUGUUAAGCAAAUUUCAGAAAAGUGUGGUUUCAAAACUGACAUUGAUAGAAUGCGCAUUCCCUCAACUAAGAGGAUUUGCCUGGUAGGAAGAGAUCGAACAUACAAUCUACAAGAAUGGACUUCCAUAAACUCAGGUAUCAAUCAAAUAAUUGAAGAUGGGUGCAGGAGGAAAACAGAGCCAGAAGAAAACAGAUCAAAUGAUGGUAGCAAUAAUGAUAAUGAGUGGGUGGCAGACUUCAAGCCUCGUGAAGCUAUUGAAAAAGUUAGAAACUGUACUCAACUUGAUCAAACUUUAAUCAAUGAGAUUGUUACACUGACUGCUAAACAUCUACUUGUAAAACGUCGAAUGCAGUCCCACCCUACAAAUCCUAGCAGAAUAUGGAAUGCAGGUGGUGUUGCUGGUUUAGGUGAUAUUAUUCCACUUAUAGGAGCAGAGAGACUGAAGAAGUUGAAAAGUGAAUGUGGUGGUUUGCAAACCUUACUGAAAAAUCAUCACCAGAUCUUCUUGGUUGAAAAGGGAAAAGUUCAGUUUCGUCCUCCAAUUCUUCUUUCAGAUAUAACCAACAAAAGUAAAAUCAAGGUAAAAUCAAAACCUUGUUGGUUUUUUGAAAAUCAUCCUGAUGGCUGUUUGUUAGAUGAAUCAGAAUGUGCAUUUAAGCAUGAGUAAAAUUAUUGUAAAUAUGAAAAAACUCAAAUCUAUGUAAAAUAACAACUUCAUAACAGUAAUUAAAGGCUUCCUUGAAAGUAGAUAAAAAAAUAAAGCAAUAUGACAAUUAUAA